UCCUUCGUGGAGGCAGUAGGAUGGGCUGGCCGCUACCAUCUAGCCAGCUGUUCUUACACGUUGAUGGAUGCCACAAACUCAGAUUCAUCUAGGAUAUUACUAUCUCGCCUACUAAGCAAUCUGGCUGCCACUCGAAACCCAUACGAGGUGUGGACAGAGAAGGCGCGGCACCUCCGGGCGGCGGGCCGGACCACAUGCGAAGCUUACAUUGUCCUUGCUCAGGACGUGCUCAGUUUACUGGACUGGCAACACGAUGGUGAUAGUGUUUGGGACAGGCAAGGCCACUAUUUGGUGUUCACACUCUCUCCCGUGAAGGACCUUCACCAACUCGCCGCCUUGCACCUUUUAAAAGCCUCUGAUGUCUACUUUUUCGUGUACGUAACUCUGUUUUACCCUUGUUAUUGGAAGUGA